ACAACAACGAGAUUAAAACAGCAACCUACAACAGAAACAGCAGGUCAGAGCAAGAAGACAAGUAAACCAAGUAAGCUCAGGACACUUUCUUGAAACAUUCAUAUUCGUACAGAUUCAUCUUUUGGACUGAAUAGAAGACUGCAGUGUUAAAAAAUAAUCUGACGACCACAGAGAAAGCAAGUGAGAGCAAGAGGCCAAGUCAGAAAAGCUCACAAUCAUGAUGUCUUCUGAAUUUCUUCUGAAUUUGCACCAAUUCCAAAUGGAAGCAACACCACUGAGAGUCGUCCUGCUGGGAAAAACUGGAUCAGGAAAAAGCAAGUUUGGCAACGCCUUGAUCGGAGAACCUAAAUUUGAUGUGGACGAUUCUGCAAACUCUGGUACAAGUAAAUGUCAGGCAGCCACCAAAAGAAAUGGAGAAAUCACAGUGGUUGAUACUCCUGGUUUCUUUGACACCAGCAUGGAUGAAGCAAAGCUCAAACCUGAGAUAGUGAAGAGUAUCACAGAGUGCUCACCUGGACCUCAUGCUUUUCUCAUUUUCCUCAAAGUGGAGAAAUACACUGAGCUUGAGAUCCAGGUGAUUACUAAAAUAGAAAAGUUAUUUUCUGACAAGGCUUUUAAAUAUGCUAUACUGGUCUUCACUCAUGGUGACCAGCUUCCUCAGGGAAAGACGAUCAAACAGUUUGUCAGUGAAAACAAGGAUCUGAAAGAGCUUUCAGAAAAAUGUGGUGGCCGCUGUCAUGUUGUUGAUAAUAAAUACUGGAACAACAACCAGCAAGAUCGUUACAGAAACAACCAGGUCCAGAUCACACAGUUGCUCAGCACAAUCAAUCAACUGGUGGAGCAAAAUGGAAGAGAAUGCUACACCAAUGAGUUGCUGCAAGCAGUGGAGAGAAACAUCAGAGAAGAGACGGAGCGAACCGGAUCCAGAGAGGAGGCAAAGAAAAAUGUCUCUGACACUUUCCUCAAGAAGACAGCUGGUUUUGACACAGAAGAUUUGCUGGCAGCUUUUGUUGGUCAUCCAGGAAAGGUUGCAUUGGUUGUUGCAGUAUUUCUUGGUGUUGUUAUUGUUGCAGGACCAAUUGCUGGAGUUGCAGUAGGGGUAGCUGCUGGAGCUGCUUCAGGGGUAGCUGCUGGAGCUGCUGCUGGAGCAGCUGUUGGAUCUGUUGUGGGGUUAGCUGCUGGAGCUGGUGCAGCAGGGGCAACUGUCAGAGGUGUUGUAGCAGCAGCUCGUAGACGUCCUGCGGAAUAUGAACUUGUUGAAACAGAUUCAGUUGAAGAGGUUGAAGUGUAUCCAGCCGAGACAACAUGUGAAUCAUUAAACACACAGAGAAAAACAAAGGCCGAAUAGAGAGGCAUACCUCUGAUAAAAAGAAAAAAAAAAUCCGACAAAACAAUAAACCUUUCAGGUGAUUUGUACACACACACACA